GAAUAGGCACAUAGGAAAAUGUGUUAAAAGGAAAGCACAAAUGUAAUGAUGACAAGACACAUGCGAUAUAUUAUUGUAUUUGAGGAAAAAAUCAACACUUUGAAAAAAGGUGAAAUUUUCAAAAUAUAUCUACAUAAAGUUGACAUAUAAAAUGUAAACUACUUUAAAUUUUUUAUGUUUUUAUAACUGACCUAAACAACCAAAAAUGGAGACGAAAAAGAAUAUAACUAUAGAGGAACUUGAACAACUUCAAAGAUCAAACUAUUUGCCGUUAACUGUUAUCCUCGUACUAAUAAUGUUCAUUGGAAUUGUGGGAAAUAUUCUUGUCCUUAUAAUUUAUAAAAGGAAAUUUACAAGAUCAAGUGCAAGAUGUUACAUUCUUAGUCUAGCUAUUGCAGAUCUAAGUGUAAGCGUGGUUGGAAUACCAUACCAUGUUUUGGACUUGACACUUAUUUUAACAUACACUCAUACGAACGUGUGCAGAAUAUUGAGUUUCUUAAUUGGAGCUUGUACGCUUAGUUCGGUAUUUAUUCUUCUUGUGGUUGGACUGGAUAGAUAUUUAAAGGUUUGCAGACCUUUGAAGAGACAAAUAAAAGAUUUUGGCGACAGAAAAGCAUGUCUACUGGCUAGUUUCGUUGCCAUAGUGAUAUCUUUUCCUCAUGGUAUUAUAUACGGACAAAGUACUGUACCGACCAAACUUGACAAUCUUACCGGCGUGGAAUGUUUUAUUUCUGACGGGUAUCAAGGCUCAGAGUUAGCUGUUGGCUACCUAGGGUUAAACUUGUUAGUUUUUGUGAUGUCGGUGAUAUUUCUAAUCAUAAUAUAUGGAUUUAUUUGCCGAAAGAUUUACCACCAUGAUCGAAUGUCGGGGGAGAUUACCUUAGAAAAGACAAAAACAUUUUGUUUUUGUUGUGCUGUACCGAGUCAAGAUGAUGAAUCGACAGGUAAAAAUGGUACAAGUGGUAUGGAUACAGGCAAAGCUGAUGACAUUGACGAGACGGAUAAAGAUCCCCAAUGUGUUGUAAAGGAAUCGGAGAUAGAAAAUGGAGAGGGGGAACUUUUGAAGUCAAAACUUAAUGAUAUAAGUGGCAAUCAAAAUUCCAAAGGAGCUGCACGAAAUAGUUGUGCAAUGGUUCGUCACGUAAGACCGGGAUCUAAAGCGGUAGAGAAGAAUACUAUGAAGAUAACUUUAAUGAUGUUGACUAUUACAGUAGUAUUCAUUAUUUCUUAUCUUCCGUUUAUUAUAAUUUCAAUCUUAGAUUCAACAGAUGAAGACUUCUGGGCAGAUCGUGGUAUUAUAGAAUCUGUAUUUCUUGAUUUCAUGUUAAGAUUAUAUCUUGUUAAUAACGUAGCCAAUCCAAUCAUAUACAGCUUUUGGGACCAUAGAUUUCGUAAAGAAACAAAGUUGCUACUCAAGAAACUAACUUGUUGUUUUAAACGGAAAGGCGGGGAUAAUGCAGACAAUGGAAACGGUAAUAGUGCACUAGCGACAUCAGUAGGAUUUUCGAAGUGUACUGAAGCAGUUACCUUGAAGUAGUGAAUUUUGCGUAUACUGAAUCUUUCGUUUAUGUAUCUUUAAUAUGUCCAUGUACAUAUUAGUUUGUUUAUGAUAAAAUUAUUAAGCAUAUAAAUAUUGUAGGACGUUUCCUUGGAGAAAACAAACGUUUUAAAAGACUUUUAAUGAAAAUCAAGUCUAUAAAUUAAAAGAUUUUUAUCACCCUUACCUUUGUUUGAAACAUUGUUUUUGUAAAUGGGAACGUUUUUUAGACUUGGUAAUAUAAAAUGCAAAGAAGCCAAUGUUAACUUUAUUUUUAAUUAUUUAGUUACUAAGAUAACUUUUUGUUUGUACAUUGUCAAUUUCAGCCAUUUUAUUCAAUGCUUGCUUAUUUAUUUUAAAUGAAAGAUGCUUUGUAAUAUGUUAAUAAAGCUUUUACGUCGUAGAUAAAUGUUGUACAAUAUCAUCACUUCUUUUCAUCUGCAUGGUGAAGAUUGCUUCGGAAGUUUAUUGAAUAAUUAUUGUUUAUUCCAAAGUAUAUAUAGUGCGGACAUAAAGUAAAAAAAGUUAAUCGAAUGAUGAUUGUUUUAUUCCAAAGUUUAUAUAGUGCGGACAUGAAGUAAAAUAAUAUGUAUAUCAUUUCCUAACAAGCUUGAUUCAUGUUUUGAUAACAACAAAUAAAAUUGAUUUUUUCUUUGCUUUGAAUGUUGAUUGUUUAAAAAACUGCAAAAUCUAGUUUUGAAAUUUUCACGUAUUUAUAUAUGUUCAAUAUAGUGAUGAUGAAUUUAGUAUAAAAGUUGAAUUCUGAGCUGCAAUACCUUUAGAUAUAUUUGUAAAAUCUGAACUCUUGACAUGGGAUACAGGUUAUUGACAAUGUUCACCUUUAAAUUGUGUGUCUCUGAUAAAAAUUUAAAUGGCAUUAUUAAAUUAAAUUUCUUCCCUAUCAGAUAAAUUGGUGCCAGAAUUUCUUACAUUACUGCUUGCGUGUUUGAAAGAUAAAUAAAUUACAUUUGAAUGUUGUGUCAGAUAUAUUUAUGAUUAGAAUACCUGUAACUAAAAGAUACAUAUAUCAGGACCUGUUAAAUUAUACUAUUACUGGAAAAAAUUCCUUUUUUCUGAGGAUUCUAACACUUAUGUGAUAUUUAUGUUGAAUAUGUGUUUCCACCUUUCUCCCCACAUGCGUGAAAAUGUCAAAUGUUAAAUAACAAUGUAAACAUUUACAGAUAAAGUUUUAGGAACAGAUUUGCGUAUCAUAUCGAUAGUACUUGAUAUGAUGGAAGAAAUAAUCACUUCCACCAUGCAUUAUGCUGAAAGUUGCACUUAAAUGUUUUCAGUCAGAUAAACCUGUUUGUUUGGUUUGUUGUAUUGAAAGAAAUUAAAUUAUACUAAUC